CCGUCCUAAAUUCAUGCCGCUCAAGCCUCAACGCUCAACAGUUCCACAUCAUCACAAUCUUCCUCAUCCAUCUUCAGGCUAUGGGAUAAGCCUCCCCCUUCUCUCCCUCUCUCUCUCUCUCUCUCACACACACACACACACUCUCCAAUCCAAACCCCAAAAAACCCCCCAUGGCCACGGCCUCUGCAACUCUCUCUUCCCUCUCCUCUCUCUCCCUCCACACCACCACAACCACCCAUCGCCUCUCUCUCUCCAAACCCACAAAGGCCUUCUUCUCCAAACCCACAAAGCUCCCUCUUUUUCACACCUUCCCCUCACACCCCACCACGACCUUCAUAGCCAAGACCUCCGACAUCGACACCACCUUCGAAAACUUCGAUCCUAACGACGAAAAUGACGCCGUAUUCAACCCCCCAGAGGCCCCAGAAGGCUUUGUCGCCCCACCCUCCUUUGACGAUGGUCCCAUGGAGACCGAAGAAGAAAUCGCCGCCGCGUACGAAGAGCUCUACGGCGCUGCGUACAGCGGAGAGAGCUAUUUGGGCAAUGACAUAUACGUGAUGGACUCUAAGGUGAGGAAAACAACUGGGUUUGGUUCCAAAACGAAGAAGGAGAAAGUGAAAGAUGGGUUAGACGAGAGGGUGGUGCAGGUGAGGAGGGUGACCAAGGUGGUCAAGGGAGGGAAGCAAUUGCAUUUCAGGGCCAUUGUGGUGGUGGGUGACAAGCAGGGCCAAGUGGGUGUUGGGGUUGGGAAGGCCAAAGAGGUUGUUACAGCGGUUCAGAAGUCCGCCGUGAAUGCCAGGCGGAAUAUCGUGUCGGUGCCGAUGACCAAGUACCUUACAUUCCCGCAUAGGUCUGAGGGAGAUUAUGGAGCAGCAAAAGUGAUGCUUAGACCUGCUUCUCCUGGUACUGGAGUGAUUGCUGGAGGGGCUGUGAGAAUUGUUCUAGAAAUGGCAGGUGUUGAGAAUGCUUUGGGAAAGCAAAUUGGGAGUAAGAAUGCCCUCAACAAUGCCAGAGCCACAGUUGUUGCAGUGCAGAAAAUGAGGCAGUUCAGUGAUGUUGCUCGUGAGCGUGGUAUCCCAAUGGAAGAGCUGUGGAAGUGAUGGCAGUUUCAGAAGCUGUUAUUUUCUGUAGAUUUUAUACAGCAGACUUUGUAAUGCAGGCUUCUUAUGCUGGGAAGGAAGAAAAUUACUUCACCUUUGACCUGAAUUUUGUAACAAAAUUAUUAUUUCCAUUUUUUUAUUUUCUCCAUAUCCCAAAUUGGAUGCAACAAAACUGACUGUAGCCUUCUCCUGCCUACUUGGGUUUGAUUACGAGAGUACAAUCAGUUUGUUUACCA